AUGGCCGCGGCGAUCACCUCCCCCGUCUACAUAGACUACAACGAAUUCUUUAUAAACAGCAGCAACAUCCUCGCCGUUCCCUAUGAGGAUGUUACUGCCGCUUUCAGGACGCCUGUCGCCAACUAUUCCACAGCUAUAGAUGGCUUCGACUGGACGCAGCCGUAUCCGGGAUCCCGCAGAGACGGUCACAUGACAUACCUCGAGAUCGCCCAGGAAAUGCCCUUGUCGGCUUCUAUCGUGGAAAAUGCAACCACUGUGCUGUCAUCCUUGACGUUUGGGAUUCCCGACAGCAUGAGCUCUGGCGGCCAGCCACUGGCCAUGGACCCUUCAUGGUACAUCUGUCGCCACGUCUUCAUCUCUACGAGGCCUGAGGCGAAGCUGGCCGUUGACGGUGGCAGCAAGUGCGAUUUUCUAUCUCAGGCAUGUCAGGCUGAUCUCAAGACCAGCCUGACUCAGGAUUGGGGAAAGGCAGCCGAGGGUACCAUGUGUUCGGCACUAGGCUUUGACCCAAUACCACCGAGCUGUCAGGAGACGUUUGGCUUCGCCCGCCAGGAUGUCAUGGCUUUUGAUGCUGCCUUCCUUGCAAAUAGUACCCUAGCCCCGGUACAGACGAAUAAAGAGCAGCAGCAAUACAGCUGGCGAAUCGGCACCGGAUACCAUGACCCUGGCGAUGCAAGCGCCUAUGCCUUGGCAGCGAACCGUACUUACCUCGUCGCUACUGUUUGGGGCUACAGCCAGAGUGCAAUGCACAUUCAAGUCCCUGAAGUGUCGUUUGGCUGCCUCUCGUCUGGUGCAAGCGAUAUCCCACCACCUCCCUCCCCUCCAUCAUCCACCGCGGCUACGUCUUCAUCGGCUUCCCCUCUGCCAAUGACAACGGCGGCUUCAUCCUCCGCGUGUCAAACACUAACAUCGGCCCGAAUAGCCACAAUGGCUACUAUGCUGGUAUUGGGAACGGACUUGUUGUCCUAG